AAGAUUACAGUUCUGAUGAGAAAGUUGGCAAUAUAUAUUUUAAUUAUAUAUAUUAUCAACAUGGCAACUCACCUAUUAUGCAGAAACCAUGGUUUGUUCAGAAGGGCUUUAUUGAAGGUUCCUACAGAAACUGAAAAGAUUUUUGUUGCAAGUUAUAUGUCUGGUGUGGGAGUGAGAAGAGGAUUACCUCACAACACCAUUAUAAAAUUUGUACCACAGCAAGAAGCCUGGAUUAUUGAACGUUUUGGAAAGUUUCACAAGACAUUACUUCCUGGUCUGAAUGUACUUUUUCCUAUCAUUGAUGAAAUCAAGUAUGUGCAAUCGUUAAAAGAAAUCGCAAGUGAAGUACCUCAACAGUCAGCCAUUACGAAAGACAACGUUACACUUCAUCUUGACGGCGUUUUGUAUUUCCGUGUUGUGGAUCCCUUUCAGGCAUCCUAUGGAGUUGAAGAUCCACAGUUUGCAAUUACACAGUUAGCUCAAACUACUAUGCGUUCCGAACUUGGUAAAAUUGCCCUCGAUGACGUGUUCAGAGAACGAGAUGCUCUAAAUCAAAACAUCGUAGAGGCGAUCAAUCACGCGGCCCAAGUUUGGGGCAUUAGAUGUUUGCGGUAUGAAAUUCGUGAUAUACAACUCCCUGCAAAAGUUCGUGAGUCCAUGCAGAUGCAGGUUGAAGCUGAACGAAAGAAGCGUGCAGCUGUUCUCGAGUCUGAAGGUCAACGAGAAGCACAGAUUAAUCGCGCCACUGGUGAAGCAAAUGCGAUUUUAGCCAAGGCGAAUGCUCGAGCGGAAGCUAUAGAUCGAAUCUCCAAUGCUUUGAAUCAAGUUGCUGGAAAUCAAGCAGCAGCACUUUCGGUGGCUGAACAGUACAUCAAUGCAUUUGGAAACCUGGCUAAAACAAGUAACACUGUCGUACUACCUGCGAAUGUUGGCGAUGUAUCUUCUAUGGUUGCUCAGGCCAUGGCGGUGUACAGUUCAAUAUCCAAAACGUUACCUGAAGAUCCAAACACACCUCCUACUGAGCCAGGAAAAGAUACAAAUGAAAAGAAAGGACUUAACAAUGAAAAAAAUUCGGAAGGAACACCGUUAGGUUUUUCCGGUCAUGAUGCUUUAGCGAGAUUUGCUUUAUCUGAUGAUGACAAUUUCAGUAUUGCUACAUCUCCAACGAGGAAAAGAGACUUUUUGUAACACACUUCAUAUUGUCUUAGCGGAGAGAAACAACGUGCAUGUAUGAAUAUGUGUCACUGCAUAUGAAUAGACAAACAGUGACAAUCUUAGAAAAAAUCGGCUGGCAUAAAAAUCAACAAGAAUGUUCGUAGCACGAAGGAACUGUGAAUAUGAAUUGUGGUAAAUUUUUAGGUAGCAAAAUAUAAUUUUUGACAUAAAAUUUAUUACUUGUAUUUUGGAUCA